UGCCUCCUACCCUUAUAAUGAUGCACAUAUUGUUUUAAGCUCACAUUCAAACUUAAGAGUUUGCCGAAUCCUCGUUGACGUAAGAACUCCGUCAAGGUCACUUCUAUCAAUAAUCCAUCGAGUUUUAUGGUAAUUUUAUUAAUGUGUAUUUGUAAAGGUCGAACCUUUAAGCUUUAUGGUCAAUUGGUAAAGAGGAAAUAGUACGGACUAGCCAGUCGAUCAAGGGAACUUCCCCUCUAAGUCAAGGAGAAAACCCUGAGCGGUGAAGUGAAUAGCGAAUGCCCUUCUCUUCUUUUACCAUUUGAUUGCUUAAUGGGGUGGAGAUACCUUCUCUUUCGGUGAAAAAGUUGCUACUGAUUUAUCUCCUUUUCUUCAAAUGCAUGGUGGUCAUUAUUUUUGUACAAUUCCUCAGACGUCUCGUUUCUUUGUUCGUACUUUUGCCCUUUUGAAAAACUGAUCAUGUUUCUGUAAAAUAGUGGUGUUUUGUGAACUGGGUUUGUAGGCAUAUGCUGUGGAGUGAGACUGUGAGAGUGAGUGAGAUGAUGGAGGCUUCAGGCAAGAAGAAGACUGAAACGGACCGUUUCACUGAUACCGUGUUUUCUUGGUCACUUGAAGACAUUCUCGAUGAGAAUCUGUACAAGAACCAGGUGGAAGAGAUUCCGAAAUCAUUUCAAUCGGUUCAGCAUUAUUUUGGGUCUUAUUUAUUCCCCUUGUUGGAGGAAACUAGAGCUCAAGUGCAUUCUAGUAUGGAAACUAUUUACAGAGCACCAUUUGCUGAAGUAGUUGCUUUUGAAGAAGCAAAACCGCAUGGGAAAAAUCUAUAUGAUGUCAAGGUUGAUUACUGGAGAAACAGGUUCAGUGAUCGCGGAAAGGAGCCAUACAAAACAUUGCCCGGGGACCUUUUUAUCUUAGCGGAUGCUAAACCUGAAACUGUUUCUGAUUUACAAAGGGUUGGGAGAUCAUGGGCUUUUGUAUCAGUCACUAGAGUCUCAGAAAACGAUAACGAGGAUGAUAGUACUUCACUUUCUUUUAAAGUCAAGGCAUCAAAGGAGUUUGAAGACGAAAGUAGCGCUUGGAAAUCAUUGGUUUUGGUAUUCCUUGUGAAUUUAAUCCCUAAUGGCAGAAUAUGGAAAUCAUUGAACAUGUUCGGAAAUCUGAAGAUUAUCAGGGAAGUUCUGCGCACCGAUUUUGUGGCUCAGGAAAACUAUCACCUUCGUUCUGAAACGAAUGAUGACAUCCGGGAUAAGUGGUUAGCUGAGAGUUUAUCUGCUGGAUUGAACGAGUCACAAACAGGGGCAGUUGUGGCCUGUCUUGAAAUGCUGCAAAGUGAUUCCAAGUCUGGUGUGCAACUUAUAUGGGGUCCUCCUGGGACAGGAAAAACUAGAGCCACCGCUACUCUGCUUUUUACUCUGUUACGGAUGAACUGUAGGACGCUCAUUUGUGCCCCAACAAAUGUCGCAAUAACUGAAGUGGCUUCUCGUGUUGUAAAGAUGGUGACUCAAGCAGAGUCUAAUGCCAUGUUUUGUCCUCUGGGACAAAUUCUUCUGUUUGGGAAUAAGGAGCGACUCAAAGUUGGUUCAGACAUUGAAGAUAUAUAUAUGGAUAACCGUGUCAAAAGGCUUGGCGAGUGCUUGGGGCCGCUGACUGGUUGGAGUAGUUGCUUUGCUUCCAUGAUCGGUUUUCUUGAAGAUUGCGUUUCUCAUUACCAUAUUUUCCUGGAAAAUGAGUGGGCCAAAGAGAAAGGACAAACUAGUGGCAGUGAACCGACUGAGAAAGAAUACAGAAGUGAUAGUGAAGUUAGCAAGGGGAUGUGCAAAUCGUUUCUUGAAUUUUUCAGAGAGAGAUUUGUCUCUACUGCAUCACCCCUAAUAUAUUGCAUUUCUACCUUCUGUACUCAUAUAGGCAAAAAUUACAUAUUGGAACGUAAUUUCCAAAAUAUGACUUCACUCGUGGGCCUGCUUGAUUCCUUUAAAUCAUUAUUGUUUCAAGGGAAUGUUGUUUCUCAGAGACUGGAAGAGAUUUUCUCUCGUUCAGAAGUUGAAGAUGUGCCUGAGCCAUUUAUGGAUGACUCGUUUCUUUUGUACACGAAGAGAAGGGAAUGCCUUUCAGUAUUACAUGUUCUACAGGAUUCUCUUAGAGGGCUUAGUCUUCCAAAUUUUCAGAACCAAGAAUCUCUGAUGGAGUUCUGUUUUCAAAGAGCUUCCUUAAUAUUUUGCACUGCAUCCAGUUCAUAUAAGCUGCAUAGAGUGGCAAUGGAUCCACUGACCCUUGUUGUUAUUGAUGAAGCUGCACAAUUGAAAGAGUGCGAAUCAACUAUACCGCUGCAACUUCGAGGUGUGAAGCACGCUGUUCUUGUUGGUGAUGAAUGUCAGUUACCAGCUACGGUGCAAAGCAAUGUGUCUGAUGAAGCUGGGUUUGCAAGAAGCUUGUUUGAGAGGUUGAGCUUAAUGGGUCACUCCAAACACCUUCUAAAUAUGCAAUACAGAAUGCAUCCAUCAAUAAGUUUCUUCCCAAAUUCUAAUUUCUAUUAUAAGCUGCUCUGGGACGCUCCAAAUGUUCAAAGUAGAAGCUAUGAGAAACACUAUCUUCCUGGAUCAAUGUUCGGUCCAUAUUCCUUUAUUAAUGUUAUUGGUGGAAGAGAGGAGAAAGAUGAGGAUGGACGUAGUCGGAAGAAUAUGGUUGAGGUUGCCAUUGUAUUGAAAAUACUACGGAAUCUGUACAAAAAAUGGGUUGGCUCAAAAGAGAAGCUCAGUAUUGGUGUGGUAUCUCCUUAUGCUGCACAGGUAGUUGAAGUUCAGGAAAAACUUGGAAAGAAGUAUGAUAAGCUUGAUGGCUUUACAGUGAAGGUGAAGACAGUUGAUGGGUUUCAGGGCGGGGAAGAAGACAUAAUUAUUAUGUCCACUGUACGAUCCAGUAAAGACCAAUCUCUCGAAUUCAUAUCGAAACCUCAAAGAAUUAAUGUCUCUCUUACAAGAGCUAGGCACUGUCUCUGGAUUUUGGGGAAUGAAAGAACGCUAUCUAAUAGUGAAUCUGUUUGGGAGGCCUUGGUCUUUGAUGCCAAAAUUCGUCAAUGCUUUUUUAAUGCUGAUGAAGACAAGGAUUUGGCAAAAUCCAUAUUAGAGGUGAAGAAAGAGUUUGAGCAAUUUGAUGAUUUGCUUAAUCCUGACAGCUUACUUUUCAGCAAUAAAAUAUGGAAGGUACUUUUCAGUGAUAUUUUCCUGAAGUCGUUCAAAAAACUGAAGUCGAUCCGUUUGAAGAAGUCAGUGCUUAAUCUUCUACUUAAGCUUUCUGGUGGCUGGAGACCAAGAAAGCGAAAUGUUAAUGUACAGACUAUCAGUGGAAACUCGUCAGCAAUGUUGAGGCAGUAUAAAGUUGAAGGUCUAUAUGUUGUCUGCUCAAUUGACAUUGUGAAGGAGAAGAAAUACAUUCAAGUAUUAAAGAUUUGGGACAUAUUGCCUCUAGAGGAUAUCCCCAAAUUGAAAAAUCGCUUGGAGAGUAUUUUCCAUAGAUAUACAGAUGAUUUCAUCAAUCGUUGCAAUGAGACGUGUCUUGACGGUAAUUUAGAAGUUCCGAAUAGCUGGCCACCCACUUUGGAUAUUCCCCGGUUUAAGGACCUGAGCAACAAUGAGGCUGAGAGUGACUUAGUUGGUGACACUGCUGAUGGUAGAAGUUAUGUUGAGAAUUCACAGGUCAACGAGAGUUUAUUGCUCAUGAAAUUUUACUCAUUGUCAUCUGGUGUUGUGAAUCACUUGCUGUCUGACCGCGAGGGUAGAGAGUUAGAUCUUCCAUUUGAAGUUACUGACCAGGAAAUGGAGAUUAUCCUUUAUCAGAGAAGUACCUUUAUACUUGGAAGGUCGGGAACAGGGAAAACCACUGUUUUAACCAUGAAAUUAUUUCAAAAAGAACAAUGUUUUCGGUUGGCAGAGCAAGGAUGCCUUAGUAGUCAAAAUAGCAGUGUUGGGCAGAGUUCUUCAGCUACACAGGAAAGAACUCUACACCAGCUUUUUGUGACCGUGAGUCCUAAGCUAUGUUUUGCCAUCAAGCAACAUGUUCUGCACUUGAAAAGUUUUGCAUGUGGUGGAAGUGAUUCGGCUGAGAAAAGUUCGAUUGAUAUGGCUGAUUUUGAUGAAGAGGAGUCUCAAUUCAAGGAUAUCAAGGAUUCAUUUCAGGAUAUUUCUCCCAAAUCUUACCCUCUUGUUAUAACAUUUCAUAAGUUCUUGAUGAUGCUUGAUGGAACGCUGAGUAAUUCAUACUUUGAUAGAUUCCUCGAGGCUCGGACACUUACUCACGGUCAAUUGAGAAGCUCAAGAUCCGUUGCAUUGCAGACGUUUAUAAGGACAAAGGAGGUUAAUUAUGAUAGAUUCAGUUUGUCUUACUGGCCCCAUUUCAAUAUGCAGUUAACGAAGAAGCUUGAUGCUUCCAGAGUCUUCACAGAGAUAAUAUCUCAUAUUAAAGGUGGUAUUGGAGCCAUAGAAGCAGGUGAUGGUAAACUCAGCCGGGAGGAUUAUGUUCACCUGUCAGAGGGCCGGGGUUCCAUUUUAAGCAAGAAAAAGAGAGGAGAAAUAUACGAUAUUUUUCAAGCUUACGAAAAAAUGAAGAUGGAAAAUGGUGAAUUUGAUCUGGCUGAUUUUGUAAUUGAUCUUCACCAUCGUCUCAGGCAUGGAAAAUUUGUGGGUGACCAAAUGGAUUUUGUUUAUAUUGAUGAGGUUCAGGAUCUGACAAUGAGUCAAAUUGCUCUGUUUAAGCAUGUGAGCAACAAUGUUGAAGAAGGCUUUGUCUUUUCUGGUGAUACAGCACAAACAAUUGCCAGGGGUAUUGAUUUCCGGUUCCAAGAUAUACGGCAUAUCUUUUACAAGAAGUUUGUGUUGGAAUCUAGAGGGAAUGAGCCUCACGAAAGAAAAGAAAAGGGACAAAUAUCAGAAGUUAAACAAUUGACUCAAAACUUCCGUACCCAUGCUGGUGUAUUGAAGUUAUCACAGAGCAUUGUUGAACUACUUUAUCGUUUUUUCCCCCAAUCUAUUGAUAUUUUGGUACCUGAAACCAGUCUGAUAUAUGGGGAAGCUCCGGUAGUGCUUGAAUCCGGAGAAGAUGAAAAUGCAAUCAUAAAAAUUUUUGGGAAUAGUGGAAAUGAUAGUGCAAAUAUAGUUGGCUUCGGCGCAGAGCAAGUUAUUUUGGUCCGUGAUGAUGAUGCUAGGAAAGAAGUUUCCAAAUUUGUUGGGAAGCAUGCUCUUGUUCUGACCAUAGUGGAAUGCAAGGGGCUUGAAUUCCAGGAUGUACUCUUAUACAACUUUUUUGGCUCAUCACCAAUGAAAAGGAAAUGGAGCGUGAUAUAUGAUUAUAUGAAGGACCAAGAUUUACUUGAUUCCACAUUGCCCCAACGCUUUCAACCGUUCAGUGAAGCCAAACACAACAUCUUAUGCUCUGAACUCAAACAAUUAUAUGUUGCCGUUACUCGGACAAGACAGAGGUUGUGGGUUUGCGAGAAUGCAGAAGAGAUUUCCAAACCAAUGUUUGACUAUUGGAAGAAGAAAUGUCUUGUACAAGUUAGGCAACUGGAUGAUUCCCUUGCACAAGCAAUGCAAGUUGCAAGCAGCCCCGAGGAGUGGAAAUCACGAGGCAUUAAGCUAUACCAGGAACAUAACUAUGAAAUGGCCACAAUGUGCUUUGAAAGAGCUGGUGAUGCUUAUUGGGAAAGAAGGUCCAAAGCUGCUGGCCUUAAAGCUAUCGCUGAUCGUAUGCGGACUUCAAAUCCUGAAGAGGCCAAUACCAUUCUUAAAGAAGCUGCUGAGAUAUUUGAUGCUAUAGGCAAGGCAGAUUCCGCAGCUAGAUGUUUUUCUGAUUUGGGAGAGUAUGAAAGAGCAGCUAGGAUUUAUUUGGGUAAAUGUGGUGACUUGGAAAGAGCUGGAGAAUGUUUUUCUCUGGCAGGAUGCUAUCAAGAUGCUGCGGAUGUGUACGCUAAAGGCAAUUUUUUCUCCGAGUGUCUCACUGUUUGUGCCAAAGGAAAGCUAUUUGAAAUGGGUUUGAAAUACAUCGAAUAUUGGAAGGAGCAUCCAGUAGAGGACACUGCUGUGGCCACAAGAAGAGAAGGAAUAGAUAAAAUUGAGCAGGAAUUUCUGGAGAGCUGCGCACUUCACUAUUGCGAGUUGAAAGAUAACAGAUCCAUGAUGAAGUUUGUUAGAGCUUUUCAUUCUAUAAUUUCAAUGCGAAACUUUUUGAAGAAGUACGCUAGUCUUGAUGAGCUGCUUCUGUUGGAAGAAGGAUUUGGAAACUAUCUUGAGGCCGUAGAAGUAGCAAAACUGAAAGGCGAUAUUCUACUCGAAGCUGAUUUCCUUGAAAAGGCUGGCAAGUUCAGAGAGGCAUCGUUGCGUAUUCUAUUCUAUGUGCUUGCCAACUCUCUUUGGUCAUAUGGCAGCAAGGGGUGGCCUAUUAAGCAGUUUUCACAGAAGAAGGAGCUUUUAUCAAAAGCCAAGUCGUGUGCUAACAAUGAGUCUGAAAGCUUUUAUGAGUUUGUUUGCACUGAGGUAGACAUUUUAUUAAAUGAGCAGAGUAGCUUGGCUCUGAUGAAAAACCAAAUGAAUGCCUGCGAGAGACAUAGGAGUAUUGGAGGUGAAAUUUUGUCGGCUCGAAAAAUACUGGAUGCUCAUCUUUCUUCAAGUGCCAAUAAGUACUUGUGGGAAAAAGAAUUGGUUGAUGAUCCAGUAAAGCGUUCAGAAGACAGGAUAUCUGAGAACCAGGUUUCUAUACAUUCGUUGAUGUACAUCUGGAACUUUUGGAAGGAUAAAAUUGCUUACAUGAUUGAAUGUCUUGGAUGCCUUGAUACCCAAGAUUUUAAUGAAUCCCAAAAGAAUGGAGAAUUUUGUUUUAAUUACUUUGGAGUAUGGGGGUUGUAUCAGAAUUUUAAUCCAGUCUAUGUGCUACUGAUUUCUGAUGCUGAUUGGGCUCGAGGCCUGGACAAAAGACAUCAUGGGAAGUUGGUCUCCAUUGAUGCUCGCCAGCUUGCUUCAGCCGCUAGGAAGUAUUGGAGUUCAGAAUUGCUCUCAGUUGGCAUGAAGGUUCUGGACAAACUUGAAGUGCUUUACAAGUUUCCAAUGAAGAAUCAUGAUCCAUCGUUCUCCCAAAGCUGGUGUCUUAUCCAUAUCCGUGAGGUCGCAGUAUGUCUUUUGCAAUCAAAAUAUUUGAAGCUAAGGGAUCAAGAUACUAAGACGCUGCGGAGGUUUGUUACUUCUUCGACUGAGAGUGUUGUUGCUCGAAUAUUUCCCUUGGAUUCAAGGAAUUCCGUGACAGAGAAUAUGAUUUCCUUUAGAAGAAAUGAUGCUUCAAAGAAUGUCCUGAAACAAGUAAUAGUUGAGUAUACCAGCCCGAAGAACACGCUGUCUCUUGGGAAAAUUGGAAGGCUUCUAAUGGUCAUUCUGGGGUCUGGUAAGCUGAAUAGUGAACUGUAUGAGCUUGUGAAAGAUCUGGAGGGCAACUCACCAUGGAUGGCGUUUAUCAGGAUUCUCUGUAGGGAUAUUAAACCGGGAAAUGCCAGUCAAGUACCGAGAGAGGUGUCAGUUAUAUGGAGGUUACAUGAAGCUUUAGUUGAAACUUAUAGGUCAAACUGGAGGGUUAAUGAUUACAUAUCGCCUGGUUGCUUUAUGUACCUUGUAGAGCGCCUUGUGACUUUGGCAACUUGCUUUCAAGGUUUUGUUAUCACUACACGCUCCUGUUUUGUGGAAUGGCUUCUAUACCAAGAUGAAGACACCAACUUGAGUCUCAUGACGGCCGAUGUGCGACCAUCUUUGAAUGAGAUUGUUGGUUUUGUGAUUGAUGUGGUUUGUGGCUGCAUUUUCAAUAAGGAAGAUAUGAUUGAAUGGAUCAAAAAGUCCAGCACAAAUUGGAAGAACGAUUAUUCACCACUCUUGCUGAGAUUGGUUGUGCUGCUUUGCAUGGUUUGUGUGAACUUUGGGAAGGGUCUACAUAUACUGGAUGAUUUGCUGGGGAGGAACGAUAUCAAUCAACUGCUUCCGUGGGAGUUUUAUGCUGUCCUUAAAAGCAGGAGGAGCCGCAAAUCCCCAAUCAUAAAUGUGCAUGUGCUAGUAGCUGCUGCUCUUCAGAAGAUCGGAAAUACUAUGGUAAUUGCAAGUUUUGGGGUCAAUUGUUCAAGGUUCUUAUGUUCAGAUGCCAUCUUUGUGGACAUGAAGGCCAGCCAGUCCCAGUCCAGGGAUGACAUCUAUAGAAAAUUGUUUCCUAAGCUUCCCGUCCUGCAAGCUUCACACGCUAAAUCUGUUGAAGCAGCAGCUACUCAAUCUAGCAGUCGUGCCAUUUCUGAGGAGGGGAAGAAUUGUAAGAUUUUGCCUUCAAACUCUGGUGUGGUGGAACCAUUAGAGACUAGUGUUGGGGACAGUCAAAAUGCAGGUGAGGAACAUUCUGUAUCGAACGAGUCAAAUCCAAAGUCUUCGCCCGCGGACGCUGCUUCUGGAUCCCAGCAUGGCAGCAGUAAGGAAACUGGAAACCAGGGGAAGAACAAUGGCCAGAACAAGGAAGUCGGUGCCGCGUCUGGAUCCCAACGUGGCAGCAAUGAAACUGGAAACCAGGGGAAGAAAAAGGGCAAGAACAAGAGACCCAAGAAGAAAGGAGGCAGAAAGUAGCCAUCUGAUCUCUGAUUAUAUACAUACAUAUAUGUAUGUAUUUUGUUUUGCUGUAUAAGAAUUUGAUGUUUCUGUUGGUAUGAUAUUGACCUUUUAAUUUGAGUACAUCUCUCGAAUGUUGUAUUAAAUGAUUGAAGUUUUAGGAAUUAAAAGAGAAUGUUUGAAUGUGUAAUAUUUGAGGCA